AUGGAAUUCUAUCUUAUUGGAGACGAAAGCUCUAUCCAGACACUUCCAGUCGAUCCCAACUGGACCUUGGAGGAUCUCCAACGGGCAGUUGGCGCCGUUUUCCACAUCGUCCAACCGCUGGGCAUCUCAUUCCACAUCGACGGCGAACUCGCAUCCGUUCCCUCCAUCCUGACUGCAUCUUCUGUCGGCCUUCGUAUCGACGGCAAUGCAGUCCAGUCUCCCCAAGGCCCUCCCGGACUCCCUGUUGUCGGCAGCUUCUACGAGAUCUUCCCUGACCAUCUGGGCAACCAUUAUCGUCUCUUUCGCAAAUAUGGCCCCGUAAUAAAAACCACCAAUAUGGGCAAAACCACGUAUCUCACUGACUGCCCCGAAGUCGCUGCCGUCGCCUUCUCAGAAAGUGCGUACAUGACAAAGAAGAUCAACGCGAACCAUCCUCUCUACGGCGUCAAAGACAACACCGCCAUCUUCAUCGGAGACACAGAGACGGAGAACUGGCGGUUGGCACACAAGUUCCUGCCGCCGGCCAUGGGACCCAAGGCUGUCCGGCAUUAUACCGGACUGAUGCAGGCGUGUGCGCGACAGGCGUUGCCCGUAUUUGACGAGCUGGAUACCCGCGACGAGAGCUGGAAUGUGUAUCAGUACAUGAUUAAGUUGGCCUCGCAGACCAUCGGCAAGUUCUCGUUUGGCAAAGACUUUGGCCACUUUGACGCCGUCGACAGUCCGCUUCAUCCCAUCGUCACCAACAUCGCCAACCUGCUGUCGUUGAACAAAAAGGUCACGGCCCGAGGAGAAUGGUAUCAGUAUCUACCAUUUGGAGAUCCAGCUCGACUCAAGCAGGUCCAGCGGACAAUAUACAGUCUGUUGCAGGAUGCCAUUGACGAGGUGGCCAGCCAAGGGAUCGGGAAAGAUAUGCCCAUGCACACCGCGGCAUUGGAGGCCUCCUGCGUGGUGGACUAUCUCCUCCAUGGUGUUGAUGAGCAGGGCGAGCACUUUCCGCAGCCACUGAUCCUCGCCAACAUGCUCAUCGUCGCCGGCGCUGGUUUCACGACAACCUCUGCGCUGAUGUCCUGGCUGAUCUACUGCUUGGUCACCUACGAGGGUGUCCAGGAUCGCCUGUACCAAGAACUGAAGGAGUGUGGAAUCAGCAAUACAACUAUUUGGACACCAGAUCUCGCCCACAGCCUUCCCUAUCUUGACAGCGUCGUCAAGGAGACACAGCGUCUACACAACGCCUCCUUCCAGCCAGGCCGCACAACCAAAACAGACGUAAUCUUACCAGGGGGAUAUCGUAUUCCUCCAGACAGCGUCCUUAUUCCUGCUCUGUACGCCAUCCAUACCAAUCCGAAGAUCUGGCGGGAUCCAUUUCGAUUUGAUCCUGACCGGUGGAAUACGCCCGAGGUAAAAGACCGCCACAGGUGUGCAUAUGUGCCGUUUGCCACGGGGCCUCGAGGAUGUAUUGGGUUCAACUUUGCCCUGCUGGAGGUGAAGAUCCUGUUGGCAGAGCUGGUCGCUCGGUAUGAGUUUGUCAGAGACGGCGUGGAGGCGAUUGAGUAUGACCCCGAGUUCCAGCUUAUCCGGCCGUUGAAUUUGUACGUGAGGGCAAAGAAGAGAACCUGAGUCAGAUUCAGCCGUAUGAUAUAGACUGUACGAUAUGGACUACGAUAUAGACUGUACGAUAUGGACUACGAUAUAGACUACGAUAUAGACUACGAUAUAGACUACGAUAUAGACUACGAUAUAGACCAAUG